AUCCCCCGCGGUCACCAAUGUAAACAUCCGUGUUCCUCCCCGCCCUCCGCUUGCCACGCAGACACAGAUCGCUUCCGGCGAGGAGCCGGACGGGGUUUCGCAGGAGGCAGCUCUUCCGUCUUCUCUGAAAUUUGUGAAAGAACAAUGGCUGGCAAAGUGGGACCUGAGCAUCUCUUCAACCCGGCCACUGAAAUGGAGACGGCGGGAACCGUGCUGGGCACCAAGAUCAACAUCCCAGCUCUCUUGCCCCAAGGCCCCGCCAAGGAGUGGCUAGAUCAGCGCCGGGCCACCAUCCGGCCCUGGGCCAACUUCGUUGACCAGCGGCGCUUUGGGAAGCCUCGAAAUUUUGGGGAGCUCUGUAAGCGGCUGGUGCGCAAUGUGGAAUAUUUCCAGAGCAACUAUGUCUUUGUCUUCCUGGGACUCAUUGUCUAUUGCCUCAUCACAUCUCCGCUGCUUCUGAUUGCGCUUGCUGUCUUCUUUGGAGCCUGUUACAUCAUCUACCUGAAGACCCAGCAGUCGCAACUGGUUGUGUUUGGGCGGGAGCUUAGCACAGCCCACCAAUACGGUCUGGCUGGGGGCGUCUCCUUUCCCUUCUUCUGGCUAGCAGGAGCUGGCUCAGCUGUCUUCUGGGUACUUGGUGCCACUUUGGUAGUUAUUGGGUCACAUGCAGCCUUCCAUGAACUGGAAUCCGCUGAGACUGACGAGCUGCAGAUGGAGCCCGUGUGAAUGGCCCGGAGAGUCUUCACUGCCCCCUUGCAUACCAGGCAACGAGUUUAAAUGACAAGGAAGGUGAUUUUGACUGAACAUUAGAAGCAACUUCCCGAGGGUACUAGCUAUCCAACAGUGGAACCGACUGACUUGGAAGGUGGCGGACUCUCUUUCAUUAGAGGUUUUGAAGCAAAGGCUAGAUUGGGCCUGGGGAACCUUUUGUUAUGUAAAAUUGUAUAAUAUGAGCAGAGAUCCUCAAGGAUCUGAAAUGCGAGUGUGCCAGUGUGUGCGUUUACCUAAGUGGCAGGCUUUUGCCCUGCAUUUAGAUCACUGAGACUUAAGACUUAGUAAAAUAAAAGCUACUUUAUUUAUAGAAAUACACAGUAGAUAGGAAAGGCAUACCUAGUUCUAACUAACUAAGUUGGAGGCGCAAUGCCCAGGCAUGGGUACUGCCCUCAUGGCUUAGGAAAGAGAGCAAAGACACAGAUGUCUCCUCUCUUUCUCGGACAGUUGAAGAAGAGAAGAAAGGGAAGGGCGGAAAGGUGGGGCAGAUAAGCUUCCCUAAGCACAUCAGUCUGCGAAGGAAGGAAGUCAGUCAGAGUAUCACAGGUAAAGGUAGUCAAGCCUAGCCAUCUGGAGGACCCUAACUCUAUCUCCCUUCUGGAACAUAAACAAAAGAACAAAACAGGAGUUGCUCUUGCCCCACUUCCAACACCUUUGGCCCUCCAGAUGUUGCUGAACUACAGCUCCCAUCAGCCCCAGCAAGCAAUGUCAACAGCUAGGGAUAAUGGGAGGCCUGGACUAGAUCCCCUAUGAUGUACGUUCCAGUUAUAUGAUUCUUGUGUAACACUAGAGCUCAGGCUGUCCCAAUGACAUUGAGCGGCAGUGAAUUCAGGACAGACAAAAGAAAGGACUUCUUCCCACAGUGCAUAACUGUGGAACCUGCAGCCACAAAAUGUUAGUGAUGCUCAUCCCCAAAUGGCUUUCAAAGAGAAAGGGACAAGUUAAUGGAGCAGGGGAAGUCUGCCAUCAUACCUGCUAAUAGUGGACUCAAUUUUCCAAGUACUGUAACCAAAACAGCAUCCAUCCACAUGCAAGAGGGAGAUAUCAGCAGGAAAACCCUAGGUUUUAACAAGUGCUCCCGCCCCCCAAAAAAAAUCUUAAAGAAAAGGCCCCUAAAACAGCUAGAAAAGAAAGCAUGGUCAAUAGUCACAGAAUGUUGACUGCUGGGGAAGGAUAGAUACUUAGGGGUAGGAGGGGAAAUAGAAUUAAGCAUCCUGGAAGGGAAUGUGACUGGCUGGCUGGAACCCUGAACAGGAGUACUCCACACUGCAACACUUCGUUGCAGGUGCCUAUUAGCCUUAAUACCAAAAUGGAACCUCCACAUUCAUAGGCUGUUAAAUACAAUUUGCAAUAGACAUACCAUUGAGAGGAAGGGCUGUUGUCAUCAUGCCUCGCCGGAAAGAGGAUGCUGGACUGGGUGGAUCCUGGGUCCGAACCAGCAGGGCUGUUCCUAUUCCUUAACGUCCCACUUUUAAUAUUGCCCCAUUUGUUGCCAGAGGCAGCCACUUCUAAACGUGCUGACUUAAAAGUCAUUAUCUUGAGGUAUGAACUGCGUCAAUUCAGGUUAGGUAUCUUGCCCUAAAUGCAAAAGAGUGCAAGAGCUGGCAGUUUGGUUUUAAAAGGAGACAAGCUUAGGGUAGCCAGAUGCGAAAUAGGGCCAGUUUCCCUAGAACUGGCUAUGCAUACCAAGGUGCCAGAUCUCAAGGUGCCGUCUUUGAGUUCUUGCAACACAUUCCUCACCUCUUAGCAAGUCUACUGGUGCGGCUUUGGGGCUUUUAGCUCAGCUUCCUUGCUGAGAAACUAAACAGCAUUCUGUGCUCAUCAUGUUUUUAACCUGGGGUUGAGAUUUGAGAGAAUCUGUAAACGCUCACUGUGGUGGGGACUUUCACAUGUGACCUGUGCCUUUGUUAGUUUUGUCUAAGUGGAAUUUUGGCACGGGGCAGCUUGUCAUGCAAGGCAGUGAAAAGCUGCAACAGCCAAAAUUCCCACUGAAUUCAACUUGAAGCACCUUGCGUGUGUUUGUGCAUGUGCACAUGUGCACACACGUCCCCGUCCCAUUUAGUGAUUUGAUCCCAUAUAAUCACUGGGAUCAGGUCUGCUUAAAAUUCCCCAAUCAGAGCUGUGUGAGAGUAGUAUUGUGGGAGGUGGGGUGGUAGUGAUGAUAUCCAUCCAAAUGUUACCACCUGCCCUGCAUGCUUGCUGAUUUGGGAAAUUAAUUAAUUAAUUAAAAGCUCCCCGUGAGCCACAGUGUCCCCACCUUUAAGGCUGCCUUGUAUGCUCCUGAGUGAUUGACCAUUCUUUUUCCUCCUUUC